AAAAAAUUAUAAUUUUUUUUUUUAGAUAUAGAGAUAUGCAAAAAAAUAAAGUUUAAAAUACUCUAGAAUGGACAAAAACUUUGUGGAUCAAUCAGGAGAUGAUUCAAAUGACAACGGAAAGAAAGAGGUUCAUGUGGCAACAGCAUUGAAUCUUGCUUGGUCCUUUGGAAUAAAUAAGGAUAUACCAGUUCUAAAUUUGUCAAAUUCUAAAAGAAAGGCACUUUUUUAUGCUACUUCACAUACUGGAGUGUUGUAUGAUUUUAAAAACAACGAGGAAAUCCUUUACCAGGGCCAUUGCAAUGCAAUAUCCUGCACUUGUGUGAGUCAAGAUAAAAGAUGGCUAGCAACGUCAGAAAUUGGAGAUGAGUGUAUGCUAAUUAUCUGGGAUACAGAAGCUAGUAUUCCCAUCAAGACAAUCUUUGAUGUAGAUGUUGUUGGUAUAUCGAAAAUGGCAUUUUCAUCUUGUGCAAAGUUUAUUGCCACACUAAGUUGCACAUGUCCUCAGAUUUUAUCACUGUGGGAUUGGACAAAGGAAUCAGAUGUCCCAGUUGUCUCCAUAACAAUUGAUGAAAAAUUUGGCUUACAGACGUACGUCAUAUUUAAUUCAAAAGAUGCUUUUCAAUUAGUCACAAAUAAUGGAAAUCAAGUCAUUUUUUUUAAAUGGGAUGCUAACGGAGACAUUAAAUUUCAUGCACCAAAGUUAAAUGAUGAGGACUUUAAUAAAACCGUUGGUACUUACAGUCAGUCGGUGUUUCAUCAGAAGUCAUCUGAAGCAUUAACGGCUACAAGUUGUGGAAACAUUGUAGUCUGGACUGUGCAGUCACCAAAGAAGUGUUUCGAAAGAAAAGCAUUCAAAAUUGUAAGACUGCAAGACAAACCGAUUACAGUGCUAACACUUAUCAGUAAUUUUAUUGUUACUGGUGAUGCUGCUGGAAAUGUCAAGUUUUUUGAUUCAGAUUUAAAAUUAAUUUAUUGGUAUGAUAAGUUAGGCUGUCAAGGGGUCAUCAACUCAAUAUCUUUCACUUACACACCAGAAGAUAAAGACAACAAUAACGACCUCUCUAAAAAUGGUGCAUAUCCAACUAGUUCCACAUUAUCUGCAUCUUCUUUUGUUGUGAAUGACUUUUCUGUCAGUACAACAAAGGCUAACCUUCUCUACUAUAAAACUGAUGGCAGCACUGUUGAGUUCAGUCGAAGAGAAAAUGAUAAAGACAUUAAUGCCAUUGCGUGUCAUCCGAAAGGGCCUUAUAUAGCUAUUGGUGGUUUCGGUGGAUUGCUUCAAGUUUUGGACUUUGAAACGAAGACUUUGGUUCAUUUUCGGAAGCUUUGUGGAGAUUGUGUACGUAUAACCUGUCUAACAUACAACGAUACUGGUGAUUAUUUAGCAAUUGGUUUUGAUGAUGGAAGGGUGGAAAUACUUGAUUCUGUUACACUCGAGAUAGAUGGUCAUGAUGAUGAUGUUGCAUCCUUCAAAUUUUCUCAUGACUCCAUAAUUAAACUGGUAUUUUCACAUGAUUCAAGAUAUCUUGCCUGUGCUGAUAUGGACAGGUGUGUUGUGGUGUUUACAUGUGGGUUGAAAAGAAAGCCUUCCUCUUGGCAUUAUCUCGGCAAACACAGAGCUCACUAUAAGCAAAUUAAAGAUGUUAUGUUUACCAAAGCACUCGAUGAAGACAAUGUCCGCCUAUUAUCGCUUGGUGAAGAUCGAAUGCUUGUUGAAUAUGAUUUACGAAAUAGCUGCAUUGAUGAUUUAAAGGUAUUGAGUUCUGAUCGUGUUGAACAGAAUGCAGUUCCCAUAUGUUUUGCUGCAUACCCAUCUGUGGUAAAAGAAGAUUUUUUGGUUCUGUCCAAUGAUCAAUACAAACUCAAGUUAUUCAACUCAACGACAAAGAUGUGUCGAUAUACAUUUCUUGCACCAACAUAUGGUUCACCAUUGCAAAAAAUAGUUGUACUUCCAAAAAGCAGUGAUAGUGCACACAGAUACAUGGCUUAUAUAACUAUAGAUAUGGUUGGAUUAAUUAUUUUACCUUUGGAUGGUAAUCCAUACAAAUCAAUGGCAUUAAUAGCACAUCCUGGAAAAGUUCAUAAUAUUGCAUGUAGUUCAGAUGGCAAAUACCUUUUUACAGCGGGUGGGGCAGAUACAAGUGUAUUGAUGUGGAGAAUCGAUGUUAAUGCCUUAGAAGCGACCGCAGUUCUUGGCGGAGAAGAAUUGAUACCAUUUUACAGCCUUUUAGAAGGUGGGCGUGAAGGAGAGCUGUUUGCAGAGUUGGAAAAUUUUUUUUACUAUGCGCAACUGAAGAAUGAAGGUGUUGAUUCAAUGGAGCAGAGAAGUGUUUCAACCGAGGUACCACUAGAUGAGAUUCCAUUUAUCAUGCGAGCUCUUGGUUAUUAUCCUACAGAGCAAGAAAUUGAAGAAAUGAUAAAUGAAGUGAAGUUUUCUCAUUAUGUGUCGACAGGAAAAUACAAGGAGGCAAUUGAUCUCGGUGAUUUUAUUAAAUUGUACGUUAAUCAUCGUCCUGCAUUUGGUUUCAACCCUUAUGAACUCAUCCAGGCGUUUCAGACACUUGGUGACGUUGAUGAAGAAGAUGGAGAAGUGAAAAUUGAUCGUGGCCUACUGUUGUACCUACUGCAAGAACGAGGCGAACAUUUAACAGAAACUGAGCUUGCUGAGCAUAUCACUCAUUUGUUACAAGGAUCAAGUGAUGACGAUAAUAAUGAUGGAAUGAGCGCACAGGAGAGAGGGUUAGAUGAUAUAUUGCCAGAGAAAGUCUCCGCCCGUUUAUUUGCAUCUGAGAUAUUGGGGUUUGGCGUGGAAGAAGAGGUAGAAGUUGUUGGUGAUACUAGUUAGAUAUUGUUGGAAGGCUUUGUAAAAAUGUGUCAUUAUUAAUUUGCUAAAAAUUGUGGAUUUAGUGGUUCUUGUGGGAAGGGCAGAACACGAAUAAUAUAAAAGCUUACCUCCAACUUAAAAACAAAUUGAUUUUAUAUGAAAAAGCUUUAAAAGUUGUCUAAAAAGGUUUAUAAUUAUUUGAAAAAUCUUAACUGAUUUUCUGGUUACGGGGCUUCGUAACUAAUGCUAAUUAUAACUUUGCUAAUUAUUUGAAAUUAUGACAUCAUCAAGGAGCUCUAAAACAAAUAAUAACUGUUAUUAAUUAUAAUUAUAAUUAUUAAAUAUAAAAAUUCAUGCAAAAUUUGUAGGUCGCUAAACUAAGCAUUUAUUUCGCCUCAGUAAAAUUGUUAAUUACAACACCUUACUCAGGACAAAUUAAUGAUGUCAUGCAUAAUUAGUCGUCCAAAACAUUAAGAACCGAUCAAGAUUUCAAAAAGAUAUGCAAAUUUCUAAACAACUUAUCUUACUAUUUGUUGUAAAGUGGGAGGUAAGCAAUAAGCAUGGGUAAAAUUUUUUUAAUAAGAGUAUUUGAAAAAUGGUAGCGGUACAAAAAACGUGUGAUAGCAUACUUGAACAUGUUUUUUCUCCUAUUUAUCUGUAUUGCAAAGAUACGUUAAAAGCAAGAAUUUUAGAUGAGACAAAAUUGCAACAAAAAUAUGUCCAAAGCGCUACCAUUUAAUUAAGCUUGCAAAUUUUAGUCUUCGUGUAUUUAUUCCAAACUCAAAACUGAGGUUUUAUAGAGGAAAUGUGAGUGAAAAGCGCUAUAGAAUGCACUUUUUCAAGGUCCAAAAUGUUUACUUAUUCGGAAAAAAUUUUCUUUAUACAUUGAGUUGAUUAAUUUUCGCGAUUUUCUCGAAUUUUACCUCCAUUAGUGAAAAUUUGUCUGCGCUGAAAUUCCUAGAAAUGUUAAUUCGCAAAAAUAAAUCUUCGUAAAAUUACUAGAAUUAACUUAUUCGACAUUUGUUAAAAAAAAUUUUUUUUUUUUGCUUUUUCUCAAUAAACGCACUUUAAAAGCGUUAUUCAUUGCAAAAUGGUCCAUUCGCAAAAAAAGUUGACAUUUAAUGUGUUAAAAAUAAAAAGCUUUUGUGCGAAAAUAGUUUCGUGUUGCUACUAAAAUUUGUCAUGUUGUAAAUUUUGUUGUAUAAUAUUAUUGUUCAUAGUACUAUUAAUAUAUAUUUUUAGCCUUGUGAAACAUUCCUUUUUUACUGCUCUGUUUAAAUAGUGUCUGUGUGUCUGUCUGUCUGUCUGUUGCUGCUUCGCUACUGUUAUACAAUUUACGAGCGAUUGGGAAAACACAUAGUAUUAUUGAUAUAGAGUAAUCGUUAGCCUGACGAAAAAUCAACUAAUUAGCGCAUCCAUUACACAAUCCGAAAUAAAGAUGCGUGCUACCAUUUUAAACGCACAGAAUACGAU